AUGGAAGCUAUGAUCCAGAACCAGAACAGGCUAUCUCCGUCGGUGUCUGAUACAGCUCAUCCUGGCAGUAUCAGCAGUCAAAGCACUCUUGUGACGCAGACACUGGUGCCACAGCUUGGAAAUGUCAUCAAUGAUGUCGACGCAACAUCCACCUGGAACGAGGCACAGCAUGUUCGGUCGAUGAGCAUGGAAAACCCAUUGCUCGGAAACUCUCCAUCUAUGUCUCUUGUGUCUGGAAAAGUUGCUCCGUCAUAUCAAGAUCCGCCCACUUCAGCAAUCCAGGAUUCGGCGAAAAUAGUCCAAGAGUCCGCGCAAAACUUUUCGGGCGGGCAUAUUGGGCCCAGAGAGAAUUCUGAUGCUGCAAAUGUGGACAAGGAGGCCACUAUACUUGCUCCCCAGAUGGUGAACUGGGAACAUCAUGGCCCGGGCUCCUGGCUAUCAGUCUGCUCUAGGCCAGGGCUAGAUUGGGUUUCACAAAGAACUGGGGUCGCAGAUUUUGACAAUAGCGCGAGAGAGUUGAUAUCGACAUGGACAAGGCGUUUGACAUUGGAUCGAAACAAACUUACGGGCACAAAACACCGAGAGCCUGACCCUGAAACUGCGUGGAAAUAUUCAUACUUCGAGGAUUCGUUCGACUCGACUCUGGGCAUUGUGUAUAGACCCGAGUUUGAGAGCGCUCUUCGAGCCCACUUCCGUGGAGACCUGGUGUCAGGGGAUGACGCCGCCUGGUUCGCCCUGCGCAAAACUGUGUAUGCCUCGGGAUGUCGAAUCUACCUAUCCAAAAACACGUCAAUGAGUUUCACUGAUAUCCAAACUGAAGCUUGGAGUUAUUUCCAGAGCGCCAUGUCUGUCCUCAUCGAGCUACUUUUCACCCCUACCGGCCUGCUUGCUGUACGUGCAUUGGUCGCAAUGACUUUUUUCUCUGAAGGGCUCGGCAAUCCCGCCCUUGAGUACAUGUUCUGUACCAGUGCGGCGCGUGUGGCUCAAGCGAAAGGACUACAUCGCAGACCUGCCAAAGCUUGGAAUCUAGCUGCUCAUGAUGAACUACACUAUAGUUGGUUGUUUUGGGCGAUAUACUGCUGCGAGAAACACAUCGCCCAUCGCUCUGGACGACCGUCCGCCAUAGACGAUGACGAGAUUAGCUGUCAAAUUCCCUCUGAAGCCUGCCCAGGAAGCACUCUUGACGUGGAGGCAUUCACAUAUCUUAUCCGGCAUGCGCAAAUAUCCUCUCAGGUUUCCAAACGCCUUAUGUCUGUGAAGGCAUUUCAGCAGCCACCAAACACCUUGCUUGAAACUGUAGCUCAGCUGGAUCAUCAGCUACGCGAAUGGAGAGAUUCUCUUCCGGCAAGCAUGAGACCUGAUGACCGCCUAAGGUCUCUUCAGGUCCCCCGUGACGCCAGGUAUUUCCCUACAAUCCUUAUGCAUUACGCUUAUUACGGGAGCUUGAUGGCAAUCCAUACCAUCUUUGCCUAUCCGUGGGUAUACAGCACCAUUUUUGGGAAUGGCAGGGGUAUUGUGACCCAAGAUCAAGUGAUUUUCAGCUCGAACACGGUUGCCGAAGCUGCGAGGAACAUUAUCAUCAUUGCAAGAGGUCUGGAGAUCAAUGGUGCAUCAAUCCAAUGGCCGACAUUCUACUACCCAAUGAUUGGACUUAUCAAUCUUUUCAUACACAUUCUCAAAUUCCCGUCUUUGCCCUCUGCUCGAUCGGACGUCGCCUUGCUCGACGUAGCAGCUGGGUACUUUGGACACAUGGAAUUCAUCACCGCUGGUGAGCUCAGCUUCCCUUUUGCUCGAGACGUUGCUACGGUCGCACGACAAACGGUCAACAAGACUUCAAAAACCGAUGUGCCCGCGAUCACGAGCACGGAGGACGGCUUCAGUCUUGCACCUGAUGUGGACAUACCAUUUUCGGAUAUUUUCUGCGCUAGCCAGGACUUCAACCUCGACGAUUGGAGCGUUUUCUCUUCCGUAUUCUCUGACGAUGCGCUGAUGAAUCGGGAGAUCGCUUUCUGA